UUUGGCGCAGUCUGCUCUUUCAUUAGUAAUGGAUGCCAUCUGGGGAUGGUCCAAUGACGGCCCACGAUCCAAGUCCAAGAAAAAGAAAAGACCCUAUGCUAGAGCAGCGAGCAACCCUGGAAUAAGAACGGGAAAAGGACAAAAUACUCGAAAUGGCAAGGGAGUUGGAGACUAUCAAUCCUGGGCUGCCUCAAAUGGUGCAUCGGAUAGAAAAAAGUCACGAAGCACUGUAAAUUUUGGUGGUUGGGAUGAACUAGACAAUCAUGGGAUGGAAGGACAGUCGAAAAAGCCCCCUAAUCGAAGACUGGCUGAACCAACACAGGGGACUGAUGGUAAAUUGAGUAAGAGAAUCAGGAGGAGAGAAACUCCAUUGCUAUUGAGACUCUUUAUUGCUGUUUUCCCGUUCAUGGGAUCCUGGACCAAGCUAUUGUAAAAUUUGUAAUAAGCUUCGGGAGUUAAAGCUCUUUGUUGAACCAAACCUUGCCGUUUGGCAGCAAACGAUCUUUGGUUUGGUCCUUGUUGUUUCUCUCAAAGCUAGGCUUGAAACCCAAAAUCAUAUUGUUGUACAGAUUAAACAUAGUUUAGAUAAGCUUGUGUGCAUUCUUAUUUAGCUCGAGCACUCCUGUCCUAAAAUAAUGUAGAAAAACAUGGUGAUGGACCUUGAUUAAUUUGUUUUUUUUUUCUUUCUGUCAGAAGGAUUUGUCUUCUGUUUCUUCUAGCACUCGGAAAUGAUAUGAAGAUAUCAAUGUAGUGUUUAGCA